GUAUUGUUACAAUGUGCAUGUUGACAGAUUAUAUUACCAUGUUUUAGAAUAUCAUAGGAUCUCACCGUCAUUGCUUCAAGUUGCUACCUAAUACUAAAAUAUUCGAAUAAAUAUCCGAAAUUUGAUGAUUAAAGUAAACAAGAAAACAAGAAUGAAGAAGAAUUUCAGAACACUCGUGAACAUAUGUUUGGUUGUGUUUGUGGUUUCGCUUAUUGUGGGAUACACCAAGUGGAACAUGAUACCGGUGAAUUCGUCGUCAUCCCCUUCACCGAUCACAAAGUAUGACUUAAGGAUACUGGUAAUCGUAUACAACCGGGCUCAAUCAAUGUUACGUCUGCUAAAUUCUAUCAACGAGGCCGAUUUUGAUGGUGAUAACGUCAAACUGGAGGUUUGGAUUGACAGAUCGAAGGCGGGGGUUGUGGAUACAUUAACAGUAAAAACUGCGGAAGAGUUUGUAUUCAAGCACGGCCAUUAUGAAGUCUUAAAACAUUCGCAACAUGUCGGAAUUUAUGGACAAUGGUUUGCGACGUGGAAAGCAAGAGUGAACAGUUCUGAAAUCGCCGUGAUUCUUGAGGAUGACUUAAUAGUUUCUCCUCAUUUUUACAAAUAUUUGAAAUUAGUGCAUAAUAAAUAUGACAACGUACCUGAUAUUAACGGGUUUUCAUUACAGGGAAUCUCAAUCAAGCAUGCAAUAGGUUACUCAAGCCAAACAUUAGAAGCCCCCGAAAGUUGUUUAGUCUACUUAUACCCCGUUUUAGGAACGUGGGGUUUUUCACCAUGUAGAGACAAUUGGAUUCACUUUUUGGAGUGGUUUUCGCAAGUGAUUCAAAACAAGACAUUUCAGCCGUAUGUUCCCGGAAAUGUGGUUACCGCGUGGUAUAAGAUUUUCCAGGCCCAGGGUCGAGCAGAUGGGGAGCAAUCCAUAUAUCACAUAUAUCAUUCCUGGAAAUUCAAGGAAUAUACGCUUUAUCCAAACUUUAAAGGACACAAAGGUUUGACCACUAAUUGGCUUGAGGCUGGUUUACACUAUUCUGGAAAUGCAAGCAAGCCAUCCAAUGAACUACUCAAAGAAUGGAAAUCCGAUUAUGAAAACCUUCCAGAUCAACCUAAACACCUUAACCUGAAGGGAGUUGUCCAGGAUUAACUGCGUAAGAACCUCGCUGUAAAUUAUUAAUACAUGAACUAAGCUAAGCAGAAGUUGGAACUUCGAGCAAAUAAAUAUGUUUACAAACAAUUGUUAAAGAAGUUAGUACAAUAUUACAUCAAUCACUCUUGAUGGCACGAUGUUACGCGGACGUUUGUUUCUGUUUUUUUUGUUGUGGUGGGAACGAAGUAUCUGGCGAAAACGCACUUGUCGGCUUGAUUAGCAAAAUUGAAUAAGGAACGCCUAGGAAAAGCGAAUACCGUAAUCGCUGGGCUAAAUGGGCAUGCAUGGUACAUGAAGGAGCUGAUUGAUUAGUUUUUUAAUUGAUUAUAAACUUAGUAAUUAAUAAUCAGACAUUGCUUGCCGUCUUCCUUUUCUGUGAAAUUGAUAUCUAUGUAUGUGUAAAUAUUUGUUGUUUUUGAUGUAAAGAGUUACUGGUUUGCUUUACAAUUUUUCUUAUUGCUUAUGCUUGAUAAGUUAAAACAUUAUACAUUUUACAGCGAUUGUGUAGAAUGAUAACUUACACUUAUAAGUCACUCUCAUUGGCACGAUGCUGCGGGAGCGUGUCUUGUGUUCUCGGGGAAACAGGAGUACCUUAGAGAAAACCCAUUUGUCCGGCUUGGUGACACCUAACAAAACUCACAUGCGCCAAUGCCGGGCAUCGAACCCGGGACGUCUUGGUGAGAAGCGAGUGCGAUAGUUACUACGCUAACUGGACAACACGUGCUGAUGCUUGAUAAUGUUACGUUAUCAGUACUUUAACAGUACUAUUAUUAUAGUUUACGUUACUCUGUAAAUUUAAUUUUAAUCCUGAUGUAAUCCUGUUUUAGGUGUCUGUGAGUCCUGAAUGCCCUGAGCCAAAUUGAAUAAGCAUCGUAAUAUUGGGAAAAGGACAUUUGGUGGUUUUUAAUAUUGGUCUUAAUUGGAGUUUAGAACGAUGUAUUUAAUCGGAAUGCACGAUAAAAUAAUAUAAAUUUACUGAGAAUUAAGUCAAUGGUGUAUGACUUAAAUAUUGACUUAAGUUGCACAUUGAUGUUGGAACAGCUCGUGGUCCAAUCUCGUGUCGUUAUUGCGUCGGGAUGUUAUGAACUUGAACAGAAUGAAUUCUACAAAAUGAACGUGUGCGCUUGUUUGAAGUUAGAUUAAGUUUCAGCUGCUUGAUAAGUCUUUGUAUCUUAUAAGUAUGUAUGAAUUUAUUACCAUGUUUUGAGUUUUAACAAAAACAACAACAUUUUAUAAUCUGAAGCAAUUGAAGCUAAGAAGGCAUGAGGAUGCAUAUGCUGGUGUCCAUGAGGGAAGAAGGGUGUUACAAAAAGCUCACCGUGCAGUACCCUUCCAUAAUUCUUUUAAUUAAAACCCAAAUACUACCAUUUCAAAACACACUUAGCAACAUUACAUGAAUUUAUUGUUUUUUUUUUCCAAACUAACUUGUACAAAAAUUGACAUACUUCAUACUUCUAUUUGUAUUAACACAUGGUUGAGUGUCUUUAAAGGCUGCACUCUCACAGAUUGAAUGUUUUGACAGCUUUUUUUAUUUUUUUUUGUUUUGGAACGAGCAAACCUUUGCUAAAAUGCAUGGAAACCAGUAACAUAAAACUGCUGACAAAAAUUAGAUGGCAUAUUUUAUAUUUAUGUUCAAAAUUGAGGUUUUAUGCAUUUUCUUAAACCGUUACUAACGGUUUACAUCCAUAAACAUUAAUUUUCGAACGGAAAUAUGAAUAUCUGCGAUUUGAUCUUUUGUCAGCAAUAUUUUAUUAUUGGUUUGCAGGUAUUGUCGCAAAAAUUUGCUCUUUUAAAGACAAAAAAUAAAAAGGUUGUAAAAGCAGUUUAUCUGUGAGAGUGCAGCUUUAAAUUAUUAGAGUGAAUAUUUAAACACUAUUUGAAUAAAUUUGAAUAACUCUUAAAUUUCAUUUUAAAUCAAAUAUUCACAAUAAACACAAUUUAGUCAUGUUGUGCAAAUAUAGCUUAUAAAUAUAAUUUCUUUUCUUUAACAAAAAAAUGGAAUGUAUUAGUUUGUUGUUUCUUGUUUUGGCAGGAGGAAUUCAUAAAUUUUCUAGCAAAAUUAAUGAUUAUUUUAUAAUUGGAUCAGAAUGAAUAUUUUAAUUCAAGCAUAAUCUCCAAUGCAAUGUAUUUAAUUUCCGAAUUGGGGCGGUUCAAUAGUAUGUAACAAUAUUGACAGUUGCAUACUAGUUUGGUUCAAUGUGUCUGUUUACAUUUAACUUCUUCAACAAAUACAUUAAUACAAAUAAGUAUCACAUUCUAGAGUUGAUAUUGAACCGAGUGUUCAAAACUGAGUUAAAGCUAACUUUUAAACAUGAAAUGUUUAAUGAUGAGCUCAGAUAUUUAAAUAUGAACAAGUUCAGAUGAAACAGUUGUCUCAAAUCUUGCUAGAAUACUGCAAAUCACAAGUGUAUACAUUAAUCUUCCGGGGCAGUAAAGAUAGAAAAGUAAACAACGAUAACGUUAACAACCAGCCAAAUAUAUAGAUCGUUUGUUUUCUGAAGAAAGCAGAGAGGUAUUGUCAUAGCCUUGGCGUCAUACCUCAUUCUUUAAGAUUUUCAAAUGAAUCUAGGUAUUCAUGAUAUGUUACCAGAAACAAAAUUCAAAAAUGUAUAUGCACAACAAUGUCCAUCACUCUGGUUGUAAUACGUUGUGAGUUAUUUCUUUUUUUGCAUGAAAACAAACAAACAAACAAGACUAGCAGUGUGUUUUUACUAUACAUGUAUAUAUAUAUAUAUAUAUAUAUAUAUAUAUAUAUAUAUAUAUAUAUAUAUAUAUCGCAGGCUUGAUGCAAGGCUAUCUUUGUAAUACAAAAGCCCAAGACUAUUUAAUACAAAAGCUUUGCUCUAAGCUCUGAUAUGCAUUCAACUAGACCAUUUUAAUGAAAAUUAUCAACUGUGAAAAACCUUCUUUUUGAUUAAAAUGUGCAGAGAAGCUUUAAAGCAUUAUUUUUCCCUUUUUCUCAUCAGAAAGUCAUCCGUGCAAAAAUAGCUUUUACAGAAUAGUUGAGUCUGAGAUUGAAAUUCGAAUAAAGUUUUUUUAAAUAUUGGGACCCAGUACUCAUGUUUGAGUUUACUGCUUGAAAAACAGGCACGAAACAGAAAUAGUACAAAAACCUAACAAUGGAUCGCAUACAUUUGGUGUGCUCACUUACAUCCAGUUAUUCAGGAUAUAAAAUCUGAAAAUCCACAUAUUAACUCAAUUGAUUUUCUAUCAGAUGGAGCGAUGAGACUAUAUUGCUCAAGAAAGAUUUUUUCUGAAGCGAUUUGUUUAGAUUCGUAUGAUAAGAUUCAUAAAAUUUCAAACGUGCCACCAACCUUGAGUUCAGACAUGAGCAAGCAAAUUUUUUGUGCUGAUUUCUUUAUGCUUAUAAAGUAGAAAUUCUAAAUUGUACACAAUGUCGAAAAAAAAAAAUAUGACAUAGAUAAUGAACUGGUAAAUACAAAAAAGUAUCAGCGGUGCCUGGCACAAUGAUAUGUCAUAUUUGAUUUGAAAUUCAAUUUAGUACAAUAUAAAAAGAAUAAACAGACAUUGAUUGUUGUAACAGUUGAUUGCGUAAUUUGUAGUUGAAUAUGAUGAAUUUCUCCUCACCGUCUGUUUUAAAACUACUAAUAUUGUAAAAUAAUAAAGGAUAUAGAACCUGGCACAAACAGACACAUGCUGAUGUUGUCUGUUGUUUGGGACAUCGUUUGUAAAAAUGAUCAACUUAUAGGUAAAAGUGCUUUCAAUUUCAUGCCAUUUAUAACAUAAAUAUAUAAUAAUAUUGGCUUAAAUUUAAAAAAGCUGAUGUCAAAGUGCUUUGAGGUUGGCCAUAAAACGAUACCUGUUGCCUGUAGGAUAUGCCCAUAUUUAUAUUUGUUUCAAACAAACGAUGCCUCGGGACAACAGGUUAGAAGUCAUCCCCUCCACCUCGGGACAACAGUUUAGAAGUCAGCCAUCCACUUCGGGAUAACAGUUAAGAAGUCAUACCCUUCACCUCGGGCAACAGUUCAGAAGUCAUCCCCUCCACCUAGGAAGCUAUUGCUAAUGCUAAUGCUAUUGAUUUGCUGAUAACUUUGAUUGUUUAAUUCCGUUUUUUAAGAAAUUUUGUGUGUAUAAACUUAUGGAAGUGUUGAUGUUGUCUUUCUUGGAAUGAAAUUAAGUUGAAAAUACUGUCAUCAUGAAAUGUCGUGGGAAAGCAUUAAUGAGAGAAUAUCAUGAGAUCUUGUCAACACCGUAACACGAACAAAAAUCAAAUUUAUUUAUUUUUUGUAAUGUGAGCAUUUUUAUGGCAGUUGUUUUAUAGAUUAAUAGUUAUGAUAAAUAACAAACCCCCGUGCUUCGCAAUUAAAGCAAAUAGUUGUUGUUGUUUUUUCUCAUUAUGUGAAAUGCUUUCGCACGUUGUAUAUAAAAUGAAUAAAUUGAACGCACAGACAGACAGACAAACAGUUGAUUUUGACUUGAACACUAUACAUUGUCACGAUACAUGUGUUGAUAACGAUUACUCUCAGCAUUUAUGCAGAGUAAUAAACGAUGUCGUGCAACGGGUAUAUAUAUACUUUAUACACUGUACAGGCUUGUGAAAAUAAAAACAAUUUGUUUCUGUCACCUGUGAUGUGAAUAGUGUAUUAACAAACCAUAGUCAAUGAUGACAGAUGUAUUGGUUCCUUCAUUUUCCUCUGGAGAUAUUCCUUGUAUUUGUUCUUCAUGACAAGUUGGUGGGUUCUUGGAAAGAUUUACCUUUGUGGUGUUAGCUUCAGGUCUGGAGUGUAACAGCAGUUGUUCCAUAUCCAGAUUUAUUGGGUUGAAUUCACAUGAAUUAUAUUACUAUUUUGCAAAUAUUUAAAACUUUAAAGCUGCAUUCUCACAGAUUAAUGUUUUGACAACUUUUCUUUUUUUUGGUCUCGGAAUCAAUCUUUGCGAAAAUCCAAGAAAACCAGAUAAAUAAGACUGCUGACAAAACAUAAGAUCACAGAUUUUUAUAUUUAAGUUCCAAAACUGUUGUUUAAUGUUUGAGAACGAUAUAUCUGUGGGACUGCAGCUUUACCAUUAUUAUAUAUUGUGUGAUUAUGUCUACUUAAUUGUCUCUAUUUUGCAAAUGGCAAGUAUACUUGUAUAGCAUAAGUAUUUUUUCACCGUUAAAGCUGCUUUUUUAAAGAUUGAUUGUUUUGACAGCUGACAAAAGAACAGACUACAUUUGUCAUGUUUUGGUUUUAAGUUUACUUGUAAAAUGAGACAAUGUAUGAGAGUGCAAAUUUAAGAAUAUUGGUAAUCGGUAUUUUCAUGUGAUCCAGAAGCUGAAUAUGGUAUUAACUUUCAUUUAAGAUUGUAGGUUUUUGUUAAGAGCUACAAAUAUAAGAAAUUACUUUGAAAGCAUA